GCGCAAGCGAUCAUUCUCAGUGUGGCACGGUCUGUCGUGCGAGUAUGUCGUGUUCUUGUACCGGUGCCACGGUGCCACGGUGACGGUGAUACGUUCAAGGACGCACGUUGCUUUUCUCGUGACUCUUUUUCGAUUUUUUUAUUUAAUUUUUUUUUUUUUUUUCGUUUGGCCACAUGGACGUUCACGCUGUACGGUACGAGUGUUCGCGGAAUUAAGGAUUAAGUACAAUGUGCACAAUAACGAGUACAAUAUCGAACAGCUACUUUCCCAAUAGUAGUGGCACAGAGGAAACGAUGCCAAAGUGCAAUCGGGCGACGGAUAGGUUACAGACGAAACAAGAGUGCUGUGCUAACGCACGUGAUCAGCGACGCGCGGAUAUGAGACAUGAACGUGGACGCACGAUCGGAUCGGACAGAAAGAUUGGUGUGGCAUCGGCGAAAAGUUCAAUGGAGGAAGCGCAACGGCGGGCUGCGAUGAGUACGAAAGAGAGAGAAAAAGAGAGAGCGUCAUGAGCAGCCACACCGGGCGUUGGAAGCGCGACGUGGAAAGCUCUCACGUUGGAAGCCGUUUCUCAGGCUUAGUCUCCCACGUAGCUCUUAUCAGCCGCAGUGCGAGCACUAACGAUCGGAUAUCGUGACACGGACGGGCGUCAUGCGGGUGACGAAACGACGCGCGCACGUCACAAUCGUCGUUGUUCAUAAGCGGUGCGCUCGCCGACUCACCGAAAACCGAGCCGCGCGUGUUUUAACGGGACAUCACGUACGUCGCGCAUCGGCCGCGUCUCAGUUCCCCGACCCCGAGGAAACUAAAAUAAAUGCGGCGUAGGUGGUGACUGACCGACUCGCCGGCGAGUGAAAGAAAAAAGGAAGCGCGGGAGAGGAGAAAACGCGCCGCGCCACGCCGCGGCGCGUGCUUUUCCACCGAUACCUCCGGAUUCCAUUCCUUCUGGCAAUUGAGGAGCGGAGGCACUCUAAUGUGUAGCCCUCGUAGCGCGCGGUCACGCUACACUACGGUGCGCCAUAGUGCGCCGCGCGGAGACUUCCGGCCCGCCACAGGAAGCGAGACACACGUGUUCGGGCGUGUGUGUUCCCAUAAUACGAUCUGCCUGCCCUCUUCCUCCCCUUCCUCUUCUCACCCGUCCCUCUUCCCAUUCUUUCCCCUUCCCGCUCUCGCUCUACAGUGCGUUCCAUAUUCGAUGGUCGAAAAAAAAAAAGAGAAGCGAGCGCAUCGUGUACAUGUGAUACGCGCGUAUCGCGUCGUUUCGUUAUUACUGCGUUCGUUCGUUCGAUCGUUAGUUCGUUUAUUCCGUUCGAAACGUGCACGAAGAAAAGUGAAACGGAGCCAUGAACGAGAAAAAACCACUGGCAAAUGGUUGGGCGUAUUUUGAUGGAGUUGUUUCGCGAUGCGGUCAACAACAAAAUAACGCUAGUCGUCGAGGAAGUCAUGCAACAUGUACAGCUUGUUAUUGACGAUAAUGAUGCCCUGGUGCGAUCGGAACUGGUGGAGCAGAUCCCGAAUGUGGCGAUCAUCUGCCACGAGGCGCCGCAUCUCUUCGGCAACGUUCUCCGCAAUUAUCUGCUCGGCAUCGUAAUGAAAUACCUGAGCGAUACCGACAACCCGGUACGGCAAAUGGCUCAAAGCGCGCUGACAACGUUAGUGAAACGAGGCCUCCUUGACAACGACGCGAUCGAGAACAUUAUCUGUCCCAGGAUAAAAAACCUAUCCUUCAUGUUGGUCGAUGAACCUAUCCGAAACGCGAACAUCUCCCUCAUGUGUAGAUUGGCACCGCUGAUUGGUAGCGAACUUACAGAAAAGAUCUUUCUGACACGAUACUUAGACCUGUGCGAAGUAAACGAUAUGAUGGUGAGAAGAAUCUGUGCUAGCCAUUUUGCGGAAAUGUGUACCGCUGUCGGAAAGGAGAAACUAUAUAGCAAGUUGAUUCCUACGUUUGUUGAUUUGUGCGGCGACAGAGUGUGGAACGUGCGAAAAGCAUGUGUCGAAGUCAUGAUGCCGGUCUCUUGUUGUUCAACGCCCGAGCAUCGCCGAUUAUUACUCGCGGACAUACUAGCUAAGCAUUUAAAUGAUGAUUCCAAGUGGGUGCGAAUAACAGCAUUUCAGAUUCUUGGACCGUUUAUAUCAACCUUUGCCAAGCAGUUUGCCGAAGUCACUUACAAUAAAAAUGGUGAAUUAGUAUACACCAGUAAGCAGGAUAAUCAUCCCAACAUAUGUUACUCGUACGAAGGAAUCUUUCCCACGAAGGGCGGAAUCAGAAGUACAAUGCCAGAUUUAGAUGAUAAACAGAUUUAUAUACCUGUGAUAAUGGACAGGAUAAAUAAGAGAGUAUUGAAUUCCUCGGAAACAAUCGAGCAAGAUGACCUGAACCUAGGAGAAGACGACCCAAUAAAUAAAUUGCGUCAACUUGUUCUCAGAAAACACAACCACGAAGCAGAAAAAUACAAUCCAUUUUUAUAUUAUUAUAUACCUCCGGAUGAUUAUUAUAUACCACUGGAUGAUGAACUUACCCAUGCCGCGAGACAAUCGGCGAUGAAUCGUAAUAAUGUCCAGAAAGCGGAGGCAACAGAACAAAAUUCUAUGAUUGAGGAAAAUAGUUCGUUCUGUUCUUCCGAAAUUCCCAUUCCCAUCAUGAAUUCGAACGAGGAUGCUUCAAAUGUAGACGGACAAUUGAACAUCAAUAAAUUCAAUGAACGAAAGGAAGAGGAAGAUGAUGAUGGCAACGAAGACUGUUUUCCAAGAACGAAUUCGUUGGAUGAUACUCAAGAUUGUACUUUAGAUUGUACUCUAGAAAAAAAAUUUUAUAUAUAUGAUACAAUCUCUAUAGACGAAUCUUAUAAGAAUUUAGACGCGAAUAAUGGACAAGAGAUCGUACCUCAGGAAUUAAUUAAUUAUUAUGUGUCGAUGGCCGAUCCGGAGCAAUGCAUGGACAUGGGUGCGGAUAUCCCGAAUCAUUGUGCCUUCAGUUUUCCUGCAGUCGCGCUCACACUGGGCAAAGAGAACUGGCACUACUUAAAGAAGGCUUACCAGUCAUUAUCGAGCGCGAAACACUGGAAAGUCAGGUGUACUCUAGCGUCCAGCAUUCAUGAGAUUGCCAUGAUUUUAGGCGAAGAACUCACUGCCACUGACCUCGUGCCGAUCUACGACGGAUUUAUCAAGGAUCUGGACGAGGUCAGAAUAGGUGUGCUCAAGCACCUUGCGACCUUUCUAAAAAUACUCAAACCUAUCGACCGCUGUCAAUAUCUGCCGAGGCUAAGCGACUUCCUCGCCACGGAUAAUGAAUGGAAUUGGAGGUUCAGGAAAGAAUUGGCCACGCAAUUGCUCGAAAUUGUGGGCCUGUUCAGUCCGAGCGACGUGAUCCAAAGUAUCGCACCGCUGUCUUUCCAAUUGCUUGUAGAUAAGGUUGCUGCCGUUAGAGCCAUCGCGCUUGAACUGAUUACACAAAUAAUGUGCUACUUGUCCACCGACGAUGCUCUGGUGACGUCCCUUAUUCACGAACUUCGAGAGACUCUAGUUUUAGACGCUAAAAAGUGGAUACACCGGCAAACUUAUGCGCUCAUAUGCUCUCAUCUGAUUCGCAACAACGCGAUUUCGGGAGAUAAGUUUUCUAAGGAAAUGUUACCAUGUUUAAUAAAUUUGUCGGUCGAUAGAGUACCUAACGUAAGAUUAGCUGUGGCGAGAACUAUAGCGACGGAUGUGAUUGCAAUGGGUUUGGACAAUUUGGGCAUGGAAGCGAUGGAAGAAGUGCAAAGAAUACUUACGAAAAUGCGUGUUGACGUGGACCGAGAUGUACGAAUGCUGGCUGGUGGUGAAGAGCAGCAAAUACACAUACUGGCUUAUAGUUCAAUCUCCGAUGAGAAGGAUCAAGUCGAACAAGCAAGAAAUAUACUAUUUUAAUAGUGAUGUAUUCUGAUCUCAUAGAUCACGACGAAGUCACUGCGGUUUUAUAUAUAAAAGGAAAAUGAACUUUAUAUAUAAUACAUACAUACAAUAUCUCUCACAAGAUGCGCCUUGGUUCUUCCACACGAGUGACUAGUUCUUGUAAAUGAUAAGCCAAAAGUGUGCAACUAACUGUGAACACCAAGCUUUGAUCGCAAACUGACGUACACGUAUCAGAUAUUUAUCACAUAGUUGCGACUGUAGAUAGGUCGACGAUAUUAAAACGAAGCUCAAAGUUGUCAAACAACGUUCACGGAUUUAAGUAGUUGAGCGAUAGGUAAGAUUACAAUUUACAAUGUUGACUGAUUUGGGUCCUUUUAAUCUAGGACAGAGUUGUAUCAAUGUGCACGGUAUGCAAUCGUUGAUACCGAUUACGUAAUGAUGCACGAGUGUAGAAACAUUUGUACAUGUAUGCGUGAAUACGUGCGCGCGCGAAGAAUAAAUGCGUUUUUUGUCAUUGUGAUCAAUUUAUAGAUGUGACGCUAUUCUCUUAAAUAAGCCAAAUAUUAAAUGGUUUAAAGGCGUUACAUUGACAUGGUCUUUCUUAUUCACUUAAUUCAUUUUACAAAUGUUCGAUUGUAUAACUUUUUGGCACUAUAGCGUGUAAUGUUAUUUUGUGGCAUUCUUUAUUGUGCACUUAGUCGAGAGUGAGACUCAGCAUAACAUCAAAAUGUAAAUUAUAUAUCGAUAAGGCGCAUUUUGUUUACAUCGACAGCAUUUAGAAAUGUGCCAUGCAUUAGAAAAAUUAUUUUACAGAUCGUUCAAUAUAAACGUGUCAGAUAAUUGACAUAUCUAAAGUUAUGUUCGAUGAAAGAACAAUAGAUACUUUAUAAGAUAAUUAUACUUGCACGUUACACAAAUCAUAAUCUUUAUCAACAAUUACGUUUUAUUAUCAAAUGUCCAUUUUACCUUUUAUUUAAAAGUCUUGAGAUCGUAUCCACGGCAAAUAUCGACAGCGGUUCUAAUGACUAUCUUAUCUAAGUAUCCAAGAAGAUGAUAAAAAUAUUGAACUGUUAAUGAUUGAAAAUUUAUACUAAUGGCGUGUAAUAAUAAUCCAAUUGUAAUAAAAAUUGUAAUAAAAUUCGCCACAUGAACAUUUGCAUUUGAAUAUUUUUUUUACAAAUAAUUGUUUACAAAGACUACCAUCAUGUCAUUUAGCUUAAGAAUAGGUGACUUAUACGUUGCUCACAAUACACUCCGAUUAUUACGUUACGCCUAAAUUUGUAGAAUAAAAAUGUUAAAUAAUGAUUGUGUGUGCGCGCGCGCGCGCGCGCGCGUGUGUGUGUGUGUGUGAGAAUUUUAUUACCAUAUUUUUAAGUCAGUAUCACAGAAAACGAACGUAAAAAAAUAUAUUAUAGGAAACUUUAUAAAUAUUGUACGAUAUCAGAUUUUAUAACACGCAAAAGUAUGUGAACUGCUGAUAGAGUAAAGUUCUGCGCUAUUUGAUUAAGAAAAAAGAAAGGUGAAAGCAUUGUAUAGAUUCGUGACUACUCGCACGGAAAGUGUAUACGCUCGUUAACAUUUUUGUGACACGAUUAUUAGCAAAAAGCAAACAAUCGUAUCUGGUAUGAUUUUGUGACGAUGAAUACGAUGAUUGAGCUGCGACAGACUUACUUUUUAAGCAAUAAACGUUCUCGUUAUUUGUGAAUACUGAAGGCAAAGAAGGAGAUAUUGUUUAAAAUCCUGUAUAAUAUAUUGUGUAUUUGAUAAUGAGACGAUGAGAAAUAUACAUUAAAUGAUUUGUUACACAA